CUGCCUGUCUAGAAGCUGUGAGGCUCCAUUUGGAACCCAGAGUCCACAGGGACCCCCAUGAAGCUCCUGGCCUUACUGAGCCUUCUGAUCCUGAUGCUGCAGGAAGCAGGGACAGCAUCUCUCUCAAAGGAGGAGAGGGAAGAAGACCAGCCGUACGGGGAAGGCGAUUCUUAUGCCGUUCUGCAUCUGGGGGACUAUGUCCUGAGCCUGGACAACUAUGAUGAGGUCAUUGAUCCAAGCAACUAUGACGAGCUCACAGACUACAGGGACCAGCUCCCCCAGGUUAAAGGGACCGGCCUGGCUUCUCUCACCAGGACACGUUUUACUCAGAGCACAGAGGUUGCAAGGACACUCCUUUCAAACCCCACGAUGGCCAGGCCUCCAACACUAGGCCUGCUGGCUGCCCCGACCGACCAUGGCCUGCCAACCUGUCUGAUCUGCGUGUGCCUCGGUUCCUCUGUGUACUGUGAUGACACGGACCUGAAGAACAUCCCUCCUCUUCCCCAGACGACUGCCUACUUAUACGCUCGGUUCAACCGCAUCAGCCAUAUUCGGGCUGGAGACUUCAAAGGGCUGACAAAACUGAAGAGGAUUGAUCUCUCUGGCAAUUCCAUCUCCUCCAUUGAUGACAAGGCCCUCCGCCUGCUGCCUGCUCUGCGGGAUCUGAUCCUCCCUGAGAACAAACUCACGGCACUGCCCGCACUGCCCACCAGUAUCGAGGUCCUUGACGUCCGCAUGAAUCGGCUCCAGAGCUCAGGGAUACAGCCUGAAGUCUUCAGGGCACUGGAGAAGCUGCAGUUCCUCUACCUGGCCGAUAACCUGCUGGACGCCAUCCCCCGGUCCCUGCCCCUGAGCCUGCGCUCGCUGCACCUGCAGAAUAACAUGAUAGAGACCAUGCAGAGCGACGUCUUCUGCGACGCCGAGGAGCACAGACACACCAGGAGGCAGCUGGAAGACGUCCGCCUGGACGGCAAUCCCAUCAACCUGAGCCUCUUCCCCAGCGCGUACUUCUGCCUGCCUCGGCUCCCCACUGGCCGCUUUGUCUAAGUCUGCCCGCCUCCUAAACAGCGACCUUUCAUCCAGGCGUUAGUCAGCCUCAAGAUCCAGUGGCAAAAACCCACUGCUCCCCCUCCCUCAACACACCCCCACACACACACGCACACACAUGCGCAUGCACAUGUGCGCACAUGUGUGUACACACACACUGAAAUGUCCUCCAGGAGCCAAAUUUACAUCUUUCCAUCCUCUUUCCUUAACACCUUAUGGCUCCUGGAUCAAAGAACAGAGAUGUCUGCAGCAAAGCUCUUUCCCAUAUUCCACAUUCUUCCUACCCACACAGAAGGACAAAAGAAUCAUGUAAGAAGCAGAGGAGGAACAGAAAGAGAAGAGGAAGGGGAAUAAGCAGUCAUGUGCUGGAACCAGUUCUUACUACUAGGCUUGCAAGAACUGAUUAUUAAAUUUUCCAGAAUUUUUCAAGCCAGUUGUUAAAUGCAGUCAUUAUUAAAAACUAAAUCAUAUGAGCUCACAAUUAAAUAUUUUAUGUUGAAAACAAAUGCAAUAAAUACUCAAACUCAUCACUUCCCAAUUAUUUUACUAUGUUAUACUAUUAACCAUGUUCUUGAACUUAUUUAUGUCUGUGGUAUCUGUAGUGGAAAUACUAUAUAAUGACAUGCUUUUAGUGACAUCACACUGGUAGUUUGAAAUUGGCCAUGGUGGGAGUAUUUAUACCACAGAAUUAGUAAAUACUACAUAUUAGGAUUUUAUUAGCCUGUUCUUAAGCCUUUGCCAGCACCGCUGAGGACGAAAACAGCUGUUUAAACUAGCCUCCCCCUAUCUCCAGGCC